AUGGAUCCGCAGCAUCAGAGAGCCGGAGCUCCUCAGUCUCGUCCUCGAGCCCAAGGCGGCGAUUUCUCUCCUAUUGUCACUGUUUUCAUCGCUUUCAUCGCCAUAUUCUCCCUCGUGAGAGAUAUUCCAUGUGGCACUAAAGGAGGUGUUAUGAUAAAUUUUGAGAAAAUAGAGGUUGUUAACCGUCUCCGUAAGGAAUAUGUGCAUGACACACUGCUCAACUAUGGCGUGCAUUAUGACAAUACAUGGAUAUACGACAAGAUCCAUCAUGAGAUAAAUCAGUUUUGCAGCUCUCAUACCCUUCAGCAGGUCUACAUUGAUGUGUUUGAUCAGAUUGAUGAAAAGAUGAAAGAUGCUCUUCAGGGUGAUUGCACCCGUUAUGCUCCAGGAAUUGAAAUUAUCAGCGUGCGUGUCACAAAGCCUACCAUUCCUGCUAGCAUAAGACGGAAUUUUGAACAAAUGGAAGAGGAACGGACUAAGGUUUUAAUUGCUGUUGAGAAACAAAAAGUAGUUGAGAAAGAAGGAGAGACUGCAAAGAAGAUGGCAAUCAGUGAAGCUGAGAAGAAUGCAAAUGUUAGCAAGAUCCAGAUGGAACAGAAGUUGAUGGAGAAAGACAGUUCUAGGAGGCAGCAAGAGAUUGAGAACCAAAUGUACAUUGCUCGUGAAAAGAGCCUGGCAGAUGCCGAUUUCUAUCGUGUAGUGAAAGAAGCUGAAGCAAACACAUUGAAGCUUACUCCUGAGUUUCUUGAACUCAAAUUUAUUGAGGCUAUUGCUGAUAAUACAAAGAUCUUCUUUGGUGACAAGGUACCAAAUAUGGUCUUGGAUCAGAGGUUGCUAGGUAAUGUCCUCAAACAAGUUUCGAAACAGACAUCUACUGAGGAGAACUUGGAAGAAAAGUAAUUAAGGAAGGGGGAUCCAGAUGCUUAGUUCCAGUUAACAACAGUAUUUCGAGAUGAAAUGGUCUCUCACCUAUGGUUAGAAAUUGGGAAUGAAAUUAAUGUUACAAUUUUCUGUUAUUUUCCAGCACAUAUUUAAGGUUGAUAGCUGCUUUAGCAAGUGAUAUAUUAGGAUGAAAUUUUCUCAUAUGUACUGAUAAGGCUACUGGAAAUUGAUGGAAUGCCAAUUACGUUCAAUACGAUCUUUGCUCCAUAGGACUUGA